UAGAAAAUUCUCGGCUACACCAUGUCAAUUUCUAUCUAAAUAAUUUAUAUAUUUUCGAUAAUCACUGACAUACUCGUAGAGAAUUUUGUAUUUGGUCAUUACUUUGUCAGUUUAAUCAUUUUUUUUAAAACAUUAAUUAAAGAACAUCCUACCGGUCUGAUUAUUCCAAUCUAGAAGUGUUGUGUAAUUGAAAAGUACUUUUACCUGCGUUGUACAAUAAACAGAUUAAAAAUCUGAAUAGUUUUCGGAAAUAAAGAUAGUGUAUUAGCAUUUUCAUUAAUAACACUUUUAACAACAAAGGAUAAAGUAUGUUUCCUAAUGCAUUAACUACAGACAUAUUUGGUAACGAUAAUCCUCAAAGGAAUUCAAUGCGUCAAAUGGAUCAAAUGAUGAAUUCAGUGUUUGGCGGGUUCUCUGAUCCUAUGGCUGGUAUGAUGAUGCCAUUUGGAGGUGGUAUGUUUGGAAAUUUUGGUUCUAUGAUGGGUAGUAUGAAUGCCAUGAACAAUCAAUUGAGUAUGAUGAUGGAUGGUAAUUUUCCGGGCCAGUCUCAAUCAUUUAGUAGCUCCACAUUUAUGUCAUAUUCAUCAAAUGGACCAAAUGGACAGCCUCAAGUUUACAAAGCAUCAUCUUCUACACGUACUGGUCCAGGAGGAAUAAAAGAAACAAAAAAAGCUGUUUGCGAUUCAAGAACUGGUGUUAAGAAAUUGGCUAUUGGACAUCAUAUUGGAGAUCGUGCACACAUUGUUGAACGUCAACAAAACUUAUAUUCAGGAGAACAAGAAGAAAACCAAGAAUAUAUUAACUUGGAAGAUGAUGAAGCUGAAGAUUUUAAUAAUGAGUGGCGUAAUAAAGCUCAAAAUAUGAAUUCACAUCGUGAUCGUAGUCGUUAUUUGCCUUACACACAUAGAGUUCAAAAUUCUUCAGCACCUUUAAAAAAGCACCUCAAGGCAUUACCUCCCGCAACAUCACAUAGCAGUGAUGUGUUGGCUAUUGAAGCUCCACAAGAACAAGGAAGAAAGCGUUCAGCAAAGCAGCGAAAACCUAAGAAAAUUCACCAGCAACCGUUGAAUGAUGCUUAAGUGUUUUUUUAAUUCUUAAUUUUAUUUAAGCAAUAAAACACUUUAUUUUUUUCACAAAUUUAAA